AUGUCCAUGACCGAAGAUGCUGUUGUGUUACCGAAGCCUAGGACCGACCAAAGAUACGUCACGAUAUCUGCGCUUCAAGCUGGCCACCUGACUCUGCCAGAGAAGCUCUUCGUGACAGAAGCAGACCCAGAGAAACGUGCAACAGUCCCAUCGCUAUCAUUCCUGAUCCAACAUCCAUCCAACACAAUCUCCUCCACGACAUCCACGCUGGUAUUCGAUCUGGGCCUCAAACGUGACUUGUCCGGCUACAGAAAAGCACAACAACAGCACAUUGCCCAACGUCAACCAACAACCGUAAGCCCAGAUGCCGCCGAAAGCUUGAGAAAAGGUGGCCUAGACCCAGAAGACAUAGACACGGUCAUGCUAAGCCACGUACACUGGGACCACGUCGGCACACCCUCCGACUUCCCCAACUCCGAAUUCGUCGUAGGAAGCGGAACUAUGCAUCUGCUCGCGCAUGGCGGCGGCCCCUUAUACCCAGCCGAGAUAUUCAACCCCGACGAAUUACCAAAUGCUUCGACGCGCGAACUCCCACCCGCCAGGGACGAAGACGCAUGGAAAGCGUUCCACCGCCAAACAACGCAUACCUGGAAACCUCUCGCAGGGUUUCCGGCAGCGAUUGAUUUCUUCGACGACGGCUCGCUGAUAUUGAGUGGUGAGAAGGGCAUUGCCUUGUAUGACGAUGGGAGAGGCGGGUUGAGGAGUGUACAUGCUGAUACGGACGAGGCGGCGCGGACGGUCGAACGGGCGGCUCGGUUGCUCAAGAAGGGGGUUGUACGAGAGGAAGGUGGUGGAGAGGUGGAUGUGGAGGUUGUAGUUGCGCAUGAUCGAGGGUGGGCGGAAGGGAAUGCGGAGAGGUUUUGGCCGGGACGUUUGUAG